ACCAACUCAAGCUUCAGCACAAGAAGUGUGUGUGUUGCGAUUUUAGUGAGAAGAUGGGAAGGCUUGUGAAGUGUGUGUGGGGCCUGGGGCUGUUGGUAAUGGCCCUGGUCGUGACCGUGGGGUUGGCCGAAGGGCGUCGGCAGGAGAAAGAUUUACUCCUAGGUGGUAAGGGACUGGGAGGUGGCGGUGGCUUCGGAGGAGGUGCCGGUGGUGGGGCUGGUGAAGGGCUUGGUCAUGGUGGUGGACUUGGAGGUGGUGGGGGUUUUGGGGGUGGUAAAGGUGGUGGUGGGGGGAUUGGUGGUGGAACUGGUGGUGGGUUUGGUGGCGGUCGCGGUGCUGGUGGUGGGUUUGGAGGUGGUGAAGGUGGUGGUGGAGGUGCAGGUGGUGGCGCUGGUGGAGGGGGCGGUGGUGCUGGUGGUGGAUUUGGAGGUGGCAAGGGUGGUGGUGGAGGCAUUGGCGGUGGUGCUGGUGGAGGAUCUGGUGGCGGCGGCGGUGCUGGCGGUGGCUUUGGAGGUGGAAAAGGUGGUGGAGCUGGUGGAGGGGUUGGCGGUGGGGCCGGUGCUGGUGGUGGCUUUGGAGGUGGCGAAGGUGGUGGAGCUGGUGGAGGGGCUGGCGGUGGAGCUGGUGCUGGUGGUGGCUUUGGAGGUGGCAAAGGUGGUGGAGCUGGUGGCGGCGGCGGUGCUGGUGGUGGCGAAGGUGGUGGAGCUGGUGGAGGGACUGGCGGUGGAGCUGGUGCUGGUGGUGGCUUUGGAGGUGGCAAAGGUGGUGGAGCUGGCGGCGGCAAGGUGGUGGAGCUGGUGGAGGUUCUGGCGGCGGCGGUGGUGCUGGUGCUGGCAUUGGAGGUGGAAGUGGUGGAGGCCUAGGUGGUGGAGCGGGUGGAGGCUCUGGCGGCGGUGGUGGAGCUGGUGGUGGGAUUGGCGGUGGCGGUGGUACUGGUGCUGGCUUUGGGGGAGGCACGGGUGGUGGGAUUGGUGGAGGAGCUGGUGGAGGGGCUGGUGGUGGUGGUGGUGGUGGACUUGGCGGCGGCGGCGGUGAAGGUGGAGGAGUUGGCGGUGGCUCGGGUGGAGGUUUUGGAGGCGGUAGUGGUGCUGGUGGAGGAUUAGGAGGUGGUGAAGGAGGAGGCGGCAUUGGUGGUGGCGCCGGAGGGGGCGGUGGUGGAGGAUUUGGAGGCGGCGGCGGGGGUGGCUUCUAAGACUUUACUAUUUACUAUAGUACUCAAGUAAAGCCCAGGGAGAGCCACAUAUGUGUACGUAAUGUACUUAUGCUAUGCAGGGGAAUAAAUCUCCUAGCCUAAUAAUUUUAAAUUACCGGAGUAAUAAUUAUAUUUGCAUCUUCGUGGAUGAUUUGUGUGUCGAUAUGUUUGAUAUAUUUCUUGUCUCAUACGCCCAAAAUAACGUAAUACUAUGGCCGUAAUUACCAGCCAA